GAUGCAGUGUGGAAGAGAAGAGUGCAGAGCAACGUGCAGGAUGAUGCGGUGGUUUCUCAAUUCCGUGGCACUCGUCUCUUCUGAAGGGUCGGCUUUACCUAUCUACUUGUAAAUUAUAUUUUAGUAGGAUUUAUUUUUUUCAUCCAAGACUGUCUUCGGAACAAUAUUUUGCAUUCUGAUCGGAAUGGACGACUGCAGUUGAUUUCUCUGUCUCAACUAAAUGCCCAUGGCGUAGCGAACUAGAGGCACUUUGGGUGAAGGACGCGUUGGUUUAUUGAUAGUCAUUCAACAGAUAAAAACAAUCCUCGGAUCACAAGUUUAUCUGGAUAUCUGCUUGCCUGGAUAGAACGCAACCAUGGCGGAUGCUGCAGCCGAAUACGGCGUGAAAGUAAUGUGCCGAUUCAGGCCACUAAAUGAAUCCGAAAUAACAAGAGGAGACAAAUAUAUCCCCAAAUUUAAAGAAGACGACACCGUGGUUAUAACUGGUAAACCAUAUGUCUUUGACCGCGUCCUGCCUCCCAACACAGCCCAGGAGCAGGUCUACGAUGCCUGUGCCAAACAGAUUGUUAAAGACGUCCUGGGAGGAUACAAUGGAACCAUCUUUGCCUAUGGACAGACCUCCUCGGGGAAGACCCACACCAUGGAGGGCAAGCUCCAUGACCCACAGCUGAUGGGCAUCAUCCCACGCAUCGCUCACGACAUCUUUGAUCACAUCUACUCCAUGGACGAGAACCUUGAGUUCCACAUCAAGGUCUCGUAUUUUGAAAUCUACCUGGACAAGAUCCGAGACUUACUAGAUGUGUCGAAGACCAACCUGGCUGUGCAUGAGGACAAGAACAGAGUUCCCUAUGUCAAGGGUUGUACAGAGCGCUUUGUAUCCAGUCCAGAGGAGGUCAUGGAUGUCAUCGAUGAGGGAAAGGCCAACCGGCACGUGGCUGUGACAAACAUGAAUGAGCACAGUUCCAGAAGCCACAGCAUCUUCCUGAUCAACAUCAAACAAGAGAAUGUGGAAACAGAGAAGAAACUGUCAGGGAAGUUAUACCUGGUGGAUCUGGCUGGUAGUGAGAAGGUCAGUAAGACAGGUGCUGAAGGAGCCGUGUUGGACGAAGCUAAAAAUAUCAAUAAGUCCCUCUCCGCUCUGGGGAAUGUCAUCUCUGCUCUGGCUGAGGGGACAAAAACCCACGUCCCGUAUAGAGACAGCAAGAUGACUCGUAUCCUGCAGGACUCUCUAGGAGGGAACUGCAGGACUACCAUCAUCAUCUGUGCAUCUCCCUCUAUCUACAACGAGUGUGAGACCAAGUCUACCCUCAUGUUCGGACAGAGAGCCAAGACCAUCAAGAACACAGUGUCUGUGAACCUGGAGCUGACUGCUGAGGAGUGGAAGAAGAAGUACGAGAAGGAGAAGGAGAAGAACAAGAGUCUGAAGAACGUCAUCCACAGACUGGAGAUGGAGCUCAACCGUUGGAGGAACGGUGAGAACGUCCCUGAGGAGGAGCAGCUGAGUGCUAAGGAGCAGAAGCACCUGGAGCCGUGUGACAACACUCCCAUCAUAGAUAACAUGGCUCCAGCUAACGGCCUGGUCCUGGUCGUCUCCACCGAGGAGAAGAGCAAGUACGAAGAGGACAUCAGCAAUCUGUACAAACAACUGGACGACAAGGAUGAUGAGAUCAACCAGCAGAGCCAGCUGGCGGAGAAACUCAAGGAACAGAUGUUGGACCAGGAUGAGCUGCUGGCGUCGACGAGAAGGGACUAUGAGAAGAUCCAUGAGGAUCUGUCUCGUCUGCAGACGGAGAACGAGGCUGCCAAGGAGGAGGUGAAGGAGGUGCUGCAGGCGUUGGAGGAGCUGGCUGUGAACUACGACCAGAAGAGCCAGGAGGUGGAGAACAGGAGCCAGGCCAACGAACAGCUGCAGGAUGAGCUGCAGCAGAAGACUACGGUCUUGUUGUCAGUUCAGAGGGAGCUGACCACGCUCCAGGAGCUCAGCGGACACCAGAAGAAGAGAGCUGCAGAGAUCCUCCACCUGCUGCUCAGAGACCUCAGUGAGAUAGGAGCCACCAUGGGCACCAGCGACAUCAAGGUGAUGGCUGAAGGGAACGGUAACGGUGGAGUGAUAGAGGAGGACUUCACCAUGACCCGUCUCUACAUCAGUAAGAUGAAGUCAGAGGUCAAGUCUCUGGUGAACCGCUCCAAGCAGUUGGAAAGCGCCCAGGGUGACACCUCACGCAAGAUCGCCACCAACGAGAAGGAGCUGGCUUCCUGUCAGCUGCUCAUUUCCCAGCACCAGGCCAAGAUCAAGUCCCUGACAGACUACAUGCAGAACAUGGAACAGAAGAAGAGACAGCUAGAGGAGAGUCAGGACGCUCUGACUGAGGAGCUGGCCAAGAUGCACGCUCAGGAGAAAAUGCACGAGGUGUCAGUGGUGGACACAGAGAAGGAACACAUCAGUAGACUGGAAGGUGAAGAGGAAAUUAAGAAGACCCUGGAACAGCAGAUGGAGGCUCACAGAGAGGCCCACCAGAAGCAGCUGGCCCGACUCAGGGACGAGAUCGAAGACAAACAGAGGAUGCUGGAUGAACUCACAGAUCUGAACCAGGGCCUGGUGCUGGAGCAGAACAAGCUGCUGUCUGACCAUGAGAAGCUGAAGGUGAAGGAACAGGAGACGGACGUGAAGCUCCAGAAGCUGGUCGUCUUCAACCAACAGAGGGAGCAGGCCAGACAGGACCUCAAGGGACUGGAGGAGACUGUGGCCAAAGAGCUGCAGACUCUUCAUAACCUACGCAGGCUCUUUGUUCAAGACCUCACAACACGCGUCAAGAAGAGUGCAGAGCUGGACUGUGAGGAUGGAGUGGGCAGCGCCGCCCAGAAACAGAAGAUCUCCUUUCUGGAGAAUAACCUGGAGCAGCUCACUAAAGUCCACAAGCAGUUGGUGCGUGACAACGCGGACCUGCGCUGCGAGCUUCCCAAGCUGGAGAAGCGUCUGCGGGCCACGGCCGAGCGGGUCAAGGCCCUGGAGAAUGCCCUGAAGGAGGCCAAGGAGAGCGCUAUGAGGGACAGGAAACGCUACCAGCUAGAGGUGGACCGCAUCAAGGAGGUCGUCAGGGCCAAGAACAUGGCCAGGAGAGGAAACUCCGCUCAGAUCGCUAAGCCCAUCCGACCAGGCCAACACCCCCUGUCUUCCCCUACAGUCAUCAGGGGAGGAGGCCUGUACAGCCACAGCUACAACCACAGCACCAAGUAACCAUGUAGAAUGUAGACCCUGAGUCAGGAGUGCAUGUAUGGUAGGUACAGACUGUCCCAUUCCCGGUAAGACCACUCUGCCCUCAACCUCCUGUCCUUCCUCUGGGUCUAGGAGUAAGACCACUCUGCCCUCAACCUCCUGUGCUGUCCUUCCUCUGGGUCUAGGAGUAAGACCACUCUGCCCUCAACCUCCUGUUCUGUCCUUCCUCUGGGUCUAGGAGUAAGACCACUCUGCCCUCAACCUCCUGUUCUGUCCUUCCUCUGGGUCUAGGAGUAAGACCACUCUGCCCUCAACCUCCUGGCCUGUCCUUCCUCUGGGUCUAGGAGUAAGACCACUCUGCCCUCAACCUCCUGGCCUGUCCUUCCUCUGGGUCUAGGAGUAAGACCACUCUGCCCUCAACCUCCUGGCCUGUCCUUCCUCUGGGUCUAGGAGUAAGACCACUCUGCCCUCAACCUCCUGGCCUGUCCUUCCUCUGGGUCUAGGAGUAAGACCCUCUGAAAGGCCCUGUGGCAUCUUUCAUAGUUCUCACAUACUGAAUGUCUCACACAAUCUCUCUCUCUCUCUCGCUCUCUUUUGUACAAAUACAUAUAUAUUUCAUUGUAGUGUUGUCUUGGAGGGGAUUAGGUGUGCUGAUAGAAGAUCGAGUGUAUAUUACCGAGGGUGAUAUGUCGUCACUAAGAAUCACAUUGUAUAGUAUAUGACAGUCACAGUAAUGGAAACAGGAUCUUUACUUGUUGUUGAAGAAUCCUUUGCUUUGCCGACUGCAUUAGGAAUGUAUGAUAGUUCACCUAAAGAUGUUAAAGUUCAGACUGGAAUGAUCGCCCACCUGCACUGUGUUUAGCACUAUUUUCAUUUACUUCAGUUAUGAUUAGCACAUUGUUUUUGCUCUGCUGUAUUGGUAAGCAUAUUGAUAAUGGUUUACCAAUGCUUUUAGGGACAUUUUAUUCUUAAAAGAAGCUAAGUCUGAAUGUAAUGUUUUAAUUCACGUACAAAGCAAGCUGUGCUCUAUUUUAAAUUAUGCAACUGAUUGUAAUGACCACUGCAUUGAGAAACUUGUGGUGCAUAGACCAAAAAGAAAACAUCAAGUGUCCCAAUUUUACCUAGCCUCAAAUUGUGAGGUCGAUUUCAAUGUCCACCAGUAGAGGGGAGUGUUUUGCAGUUGAGUGCACUGCACUGUAUCCAUUCUAGGCUACUGCAGUGAUGCUGAUCAGCCAAUCGGAGAUGUUCAUGCAGUGAUCCUGGGGAACAGUGCAAUACACUCUAUUUCCAAAACUCUAAAAGAAAGAGAAAUUGGUAAAAAUGUAGGUUUCAAUGUAAGCUUCCUACUUACAAUGUGGCUCCAAUUGUUUUAGUUAUCACCGUACUUGCCUCUCACCACUUGCCAAACCGUCAUUGUAAAUAAACAUGUCUUCGUAACUGACUCGCCUAAUAUAAAAUCUAUUAAGUAAGGUCAUGUAAAUAAAUCUUGUCAGGAAGUGAAUUAUGUUUAAUCUGAAUGGAGAUCCAUUCCCCAAGUAUGUGUUGAUAUUUCUGUUAUGCUUUAAAUUUGAUCAUCUAAGAGCAUGAUAUGGAUAUAUGUACAUAAUGUUCUAGAUGUGUGUUCCAUUUGUAAAUUAUGAAAUGAUUGCAUCUUUCACAGCCAUGCCUAUAGCUCCUUACCAUAGUAUGGCUAUGGGAUAUUGUAAGACGUUCCCUCAAUGAAGGAACAGCACCACAAGGCAAGUUAGCUUUGAGAUGUUGCUUUGAACUCUGCCAGACAACAUGGAUGGCUCCAAAACAAAGCAGGCAUAUGAUUGAUUAAUGGCUAUUAUAACUGCAUGGUGUAUAAUUCAUUUUAAAUGUUUAAGUCAAAGCAAAUAAAUAAAGAUAUUUAACAUAAA